AUGGGCUUCCUCUACAUCACCUGGGCCGUCCUCGCUAGCAACUAUGUCAACGUCCUUCUCGUCUUCGUCCCUGUCGGUAUCGCUCUCGGAGCUUUGGGCAUGGACCCCACCGCUGUCUUUGUCGUCAACUUCCUGGCCAUUGUCCCUCUUGCUGCUCUCCUGAGUUUCGCUACCGAAGAGCUCAGUGUGAAGCUGGGUCAGACAAUCGGUGGACUGAUGAAUGCUACCUUUGGAAACGCCGUUGAAUUGAUUGUCUCGAUCGUUGCUCUGCAGAAGGGCGAGAUCCGCAUCGUUCAGGCCAGCAUGCUCGGCAGUAUCCUCUCCAACAUCCUCCUUGUCCUGGGCUGCUGUUUCCUCUGCGGCGGCUGGAGACACCAGGAGCAGUCCUUCAACUCGACUGUUGCUUCGACCAUGUCCUCCCUUAUGGCUGUCGCAUCAGCCUCCCUGAUCAUCCCCGCCACUCUCUACGCCGCCCUGGCCAACUCGAAGGAGCGCACUGAUGACAACAUCCUUAUUCUCUCUCACGGAACCGCCAUCAUCAUGCUCAUCCUCUACUGUCUAUACCUCUUCUUCCAGCUGAAGACUCACGCCAACCUGUUUGACGAGGAGCAGCAAGACGGAGAGGAAGACAAGGAGCCCGAGGUCUUGAAGCCUAUUCCUGCCGCCAUCGCACUCGUCCUUAUUACCGUGGCUGUUGCUGUCUGUGCCGAAUACCUGGUCGACUCGAUCGACGCUAUUGUGGAAGAGGCACAUAUCUCGAAGACUUUCAUUGGUCUGAUCCUUCUGCCCAUUGUCGGAAACGCAGCAGAACACGUCACUGCAUGUGUGGUCGCAUACAAGAACAAGAUGGACCUUGCAAUCGGUGUCGCGAUUGGAUCAUCUCUCCAGAUUGCUCUCUUCGUUACUCCUUUCCUCGUUCUUCUCGGCUGGGCCAUGGGACAGCCCAUGACUCUCCACUUCCAGAUGUUCGAGACUGUCGUCUUCUUCGUCAGUGUUCUCGUGGUUAACUACCUGAUCGCUGACGGCAAGAGCAACUACUUGGAGGGUGCCAUGUGCAUUGGUACCUACAUCAUCAUCGCACUGGCCAUGUGGGUUUACCCCGACGAUGCCGGCGACCCGAUCUCCAACCCUCCUAAGCUUUUCUAA